AACCCUAAUUCCCUUUCCUCAGUGGCUCCUCCAUUUAUCGAGCAGAGCCGCCCAAAUACCUUCCUUUAAGCGUAGAGAGCUGAAAUGACCACCCGAUUCAAGAAGAACCGGAAGAAGCGUGGCCACGUGAGCGCUGGCCAUGGGCGUAUCGGCAAGCACCGGAAGCACCCAGGAGGUCGCGGUAACGCCGGAGGCAUGCACCAUCACAGGAUCCUCUUCGAUAAGUACCAUCCAGGGUAUUUUGGAAAGGUCGGUAUGCGAUACUUCCACAAGUUGCGGAACAAGUUCUACUGCCCCAUAGUCAACAUCGACAAGAUCUGGUCGUUGAUCCCUCAGGAAGUGAAGGAUAAGGCUAGCAAGGACAAUGUGCCCAUUAUCGAUGUUACUCAGUAUGGUUACUUCAAGGUAUUGGGGAAGGGCGCUUUGCCAGAGAACAAGCCGAUUGUGGUAAAAGCGAAGCUGGUGUCCAAGAUUGCCGAGAGAAAGAUAAAGGAGAAUGGGGGAGCUGUUGUGCUAACGGCUUAAGCUGUUUUGUUCUUAUCAAUUUUUAGUCUUUGAGUUUUUAAUUUUUCAUUUUCAAGUGUUUUCAUAUUAAUGGGUACCUUAUUAUGGUUUUUAUUGAUACUUUUUGGUUUAAAAUAGAUUUGAAUUUGCUUUCCUAGUGCUUA